AUGAGCCCAGUAAGCGACGUCGCCGACGGCGACACAGGCGACCUCUUCGCCGACCCGGAGGACUACUACCCGCCCACCCCGCCACCCACCUCGCAAACCCACACCCUCGCCUCGGGCCGCGUCCUGACUCUGCACCUGGUCGGCUACUCGCCCACCGAAGCGCACCACCUCUGGAACGGAAGCCGGGUCGUCUCAGACUACUUUGAGGCGGACCCGUCCCGCGUCAAAGGCAAGACGGUGCUGGAGCUCGGUGCCGGUGCCGGCCUGCCGAGUUUGACGGCGGGCAUCUUGGGCGCGAAGCGCGUCGUGGUGUCGGAUUUCCCGGACGCGGAUAUCGUUAUGACGAUGCAGAAGAAUGUGGACGAGGCGGGGGAUCUGGAGGGGGUCGUGGUGCCCAAGGGGUAUGUCUGGGGCGCGGACGUGAAGCCUUUGUUGGCGGAGAUUGCUUAUCCAGCCGAGGGGGGAGAGAAGAAGUUUGACGUGCUGGUGUUGGCGGAUCUGCUGUUCCGGCACUCUGAGCACGGGAAGCUUGCUGAUACGAUCUGGGAGGCGCUGGCGAGGAAGGAAGGGAGCGUGGCGUAUGUGUUCUUCACGUCGUACCGGCCGUGGCUGAGGCACAAGGACCUGGCCUUCUUCGAUGUCGUGAGGGAGAGGGGGUUGCUUGUCGAGCAGGUGUUUGAGAAGAAGAUGGAGAAGCCGCUGUUUGAUGGAGACCCGGGCGAUUUGGAGAUUCAGAAGACGGUGAGCGGGUUUGAGGUGCGGUGGCCGAGGGAGCUGCUGGAGGAGAGCAAGGCAUGA